CAGAGCAGAGAGUCCGGGUCCUCCGGGCACACACUUGGACACAGCAAGCCCCUCAGGCCUCCAGGAUGCCCAUCCCUGCCUCCUGGCCCCGCCCUCCUCUCUCCCUGCUGCUGACUCUACUGCUGGGCCUCCCAGGAGGGGCAGGUGAGGAGCUGCAGGUGAUUCAGUCUAAGACGUCAGUGUCCAUCAGGGCUGGAGAGACGGCCACUCUGAGCUGCACUGUGACCUCCCUGACCCCCGUGGGGCCCAUCCUGUGGUUCAGAGGGACAGGGCCAGGCCGGGAGUUAAUCUACAGUUUCAGAGGAGGCCACUCGCCCCGAGUAACAAGUGUUGCAGACGUCACCAGGAGAGACAACAUGGACUUUUCCAUCCGCAUCAGUAACCUCACCCCAGCAGACACAGGAACCUACUACUGUGUGAAGUUCCGGAUUGGAGUUGGUGAUGACAUGGAGCUCAAGUCUGGAGCAGGCACUCGGCUCAGCGUGAAUGCCAAACCCUCUCGCCCUGUGGUAUCGGGCCCCACAGGCAGGUCGCCUCCUGGGCAGACAGUGAGGUUCACCUGCAAGUCCCACGGCUUCUCCCCCAGAAACAUCGUCCUGAAAUGGUUCAAGGAUGGGAAUGAGCUCCCAGCCUCCCAGACCACCGUGGACCCAGAGGGAGACAGCCCUCCCUACAGCGUCUCCAGCACAGCCAGGGUACGGCUGGCCCCGGGGGAUGUUCGCUCCAAGGUCAUCUGCCAGGUGGCCCACGACACCCUACAGGGGGACCCUCCUCUUCGUGGGACUGCCUACUUGUCUGAGGCCAUCCGAGUUCCGCCCACCUUGGAGGUUACCCAGCACAAUGUGUCAGAGAAACAGAACGUCACCUGCCUGGUGAAGAACUUCUAUCCCCAGCGCCUACAGCUGACCUGGCUGGAGAAUGGGAACACAUCCCGAACAGAAACGGCCCCGACCCUCAUAGAGAACAAGGAUGGGACCUUCAGUGGGAGCAGCUGGCUCCUCGUGGACCUGUCUGCCCACAGGGAGGAUGCGGUGCUCACCUGCCAGGUGGAGCACGAUGGGCAGCCGGCCGUCACCAAAAUCGUCAUCGUGGAGGCCUCGGCUCACCAGAAGGACCCAGAUGAACCCUCUGGCCCAGCACUGUCUGCUCAGGUCUUCUUGGCUGUCCUCCUCGGCCUCCUAGGCUGCAAGAUGCUGCUGAUGGUUGGUGUCUCUGCCAUCUAUGUCCACAGGCAGCGGAGAGCCCGACUAAGAGAACAGCAAGACCCCCCACAGUGCCUAUGGACCACCGGGUCAGACUGGUCCCAGAGCCAUGCAAAGGUGCAGAAAGCCAAUUAAUGACUCCACCAACCCCGAUGGAUGGCCGAAACCAACAUUUGCCCUUUGCCAGAAACUGUGUGCAGAUGCAGGGGGCUCAGGAAUUUUCACUUCGCUGGGGACCUAGAUCUCAACCAAUCUGACCCCACCCUCUAGGAACGCCUUCAUACCUUCUAUCACCUUUCCCAUUCCUUCCCUUAGGUGACUUAGUUUCAACAUGGUCCAAUCAAAACCCCUGAUUAUAAUGAACACAUAUGCAAA